CCCUAAUUUAAGCCCAAUCCCUCCCCAAACCCGACCCCUAAACUCAAACCACCUCCCCAAUUCCAAAUCCCAUCUCGAUCGAUCGAUCGAAGAAGAAGAAGAAAGAAGAAGAAGCAGCAGCAGCAGCAGCAGUAGCCAAGCUAGGAUGCCAUCUGCGGAGGAGGAGCGCGCGGUGUUCGAGGACGACGACGACGAGGAGACCGAGGGCGACGACACCGAGGAGGAGGACGACGACGCCGACGCCGACGCCGACGCCGAACCCUUGGCGGUGGCGCCGCCGGCGACUGCGGCGGCGCCGACGGCGGAGCGACUCUCCGGCUCCGCCAUACCCUCCUCCUCCGAUCGCCCGCCGAACCCUAACCCUAACCCUAACCCUACCUCCUCCGCGGCCGCUAAUCCUAACUCUAGCUCCAGCGAUCCUUCCUCCUCCGAUCUCACCCCCUCCUCCGCCCACCCGCAGAACGGGGCGAUCCCCGCGGCCGCGUCAGCCCCCGUCGCAGUCUCCGUCUCCGGCGGCGCGACCCCGACGGCUGCGGCGGACCCCGGCCGCGCGCUGGUGGUGUCCUCCGCCUCGGAGGAGCGGCGGCCUCCCGGCUCCGCCUUCGACGAGUCGCGGCGGCUGUUCCAGCGGCUGUGGACCGACGAGGACGAGAUCAUCAUCCUCCGCGGCUUCCUCGACUUCACGUCGCGGCGCGGCACGACGUUCGCCUCGCACCAGUACGACACCGGGCCCUUCUACGAGGAGAUGAAGAAGCAGCUCCAGUUCGAGUUCACCAAGAACCAGCUGAUCGAGAAGCUCCGCCGCCUCAAGAAGAAGUACCGGAACUGCGUCAACCGGAUCAGCACGAUGGGGAAGGACUUCGCCUUCAAGUCCGCGCACGAGCAGGCCAUCUUCGAGAUCGCGCGCAACAUCUGGCGGCCCGGGAUCAAGAGAUCCCGCGACAGCGACGACGACGAGAACGAAGAUCUCAAUCCGCCCACCAACGACGCCGACCCCAACCACGCGAUCGUAGUCGCCGACGGCCCCUUGAGCUCCGACAGAAGGGUGUUGAGAACGAGACGGCGAUUAAGGAGGAGAACAACAGAAGAAUCUGCUGCUGUAGCAGCAGAUACCGGAGCCGGAACCGCAGUUCCGGUGAUGGUCACGGUGGAAAAUUCGAUCCCUCCGCCUCAAACACCUUCGGUGCAACCGGCAACGGUCCCCGGUAUCAUCGAAGAGACGGUAAAGAGUUGCCUUUCGCCGCUGUUUAAGGAGCUGAUCAACUCGGCAAUCGGAGGAGGGCCGCAGCUUAGUUCGGGUCUCCUCGGCGGGGGAGGCCUCUUAGGUCUCCUCGGUGUUAGCCCACCGUCUCUGAACAUUGGCGGCAAUUUGGGUAGUAAUUCUUCGGGAACACCACCGGUCGACGAGAAGUGGAGGAAGCAGCAGGUUCUGGAGCUGGAGGUUUACUUGAAACGGAUCGAGCUCGUGCAGGAGCAGAUCAAAUUGACGCUGGAAGAGCUCAAGAAGCCCGGCGUGUCCUGAUUACAGGUGCUUGUAAGAAAGCUUGUAUUUUUAAGUGCUAGAAUCUACUUCUUAACUUAUAAUUCUUGUCCUGUUAGUCGGAAUGAACUUCUUCGUCUUAGAAGGUGUGGACUUUAGAUUAAAGCUUCUUUCUUUUACCUUCUAAUAAUUUACUUUCGAUGUAGUGUAGCUACUUUUUGGUCUUUGUACUUGAUUGGUUAGAAUAACUGGAGUAAUAGUGGACAGCAAAAAGGGUAAGCGGCAUUUUCCUUCUUUCCUUCUA